CAAAAUGUCAUUUGUUAAGCCAAUGGGAAAACACCACGUAAAGUUUUCCCAAUAAUAAAAUAACCAACAAUGAGAGAGAGCAAAUUAGUUGUAUAUUAAAAGUUGAAAAGUAAGGUGUGGGAUUAGAAUAACGCGGAAUUCACGUGAAAUAUAAUAAAACGUUGCAAAAUUUGUUAAGGAAAAUAAAUAUUUUGAAGAGUAACCCAUUUAAAUAUAAGCAUCAAAUUCAACAUGCGAUUAUUGGUAAUAUUAGCCAUAGUAGCUCUUGUUGGGUUUUGUAUCGGCGAAGAGAAAAAGGAAAAGGAUAAAGAUAUUGGUACUGUAAUAGGCAUCGAUUUAGGUACUACUUAUUCUUGUGUGGGUGUUUAUAAGAACGGACGAGUUGAAAUAAUAGCCAACGAUCAGGGUAAUCGUAUUACACCAUCUUAUGUGGCAUUUACAGCAGAUGGAGAGCGUUUGAUUGGCGAUGCUGCUAAAAACCAAUUGACUACCAAUCCUGAAAACACAGUAUUUGAUGCCAAACGUUUAAUUGGUCGAGAAUGGUCAGAUACAAAUGUACAACAUGAUAUUAAAUUUUUCCCAUUUAAAGUUGUUGAAAAGAAUUCCAAGCCGCAUAUUAGCGUUUCUACAUCACAGGGCAAUAAAAUUUUUGCACCAGAAGAAAUUUCUGCUAUGGUGUUAACGAAAAUGAAAGAGACUGCUGAAGCAUAUCUUGGUAAGAAGGUAACCCAUGCUGUUGUUACUGUACCAGCUUAUUUUAAUGAUGCCCAACGUCAAGCCACGAAAGAUGCUGGCGUUAUUGCUGGUUUGAAUGUUAUGCGUAUAAUCAACGAACCAACUGCUGCAGCCAUUGCAUAUGGGUUAGACAAGAAGGAGGGAGAGAAGAAUGUUUUGGUGUUUGAUUUGGGUGGUGGUACUUUCGAUGUUUCGCUUUUGACCAUUGAUAACGGCGUGUUUGAAGUAGUCGCGACAAACGGUGAUACUCACUUAGGCGGGGAAGAUUUUGAUCAACGUGUUAUGGAUCAUUUUAUCAAGUUAUAUAAGAAGAAAAAGGGGAAAGAUAUUCGUAAAGAUAACCGCGCUGUACAAAAAUUGCGUCGUGAAGUAGAAAAAGCAAAACGGGCUCUUUCUGGCUCUCAUCAAGUACGUAUUGAAAUUGAGUCUUUUUUUGAAGGUGAAGACUUUUCAGAAACUUUAACGCGAGCGAAAUUUGAAGAAUUGAAUAUGGAUCUUUUCCGUUCAACGUUAAAACCUGUACAAAAAGUAUUGGAAGAUGCAGAUAUGAAUAAAAAGGAUGUACAUGAAAUAGUUUUAGUUGGUGGCUCUACACGUAUUCCUAAAGUACAACAAUUAGUUAAAGAUUUCUUUGGCGGUAAAGAACCUUCUCGUGGUAUAAAUCCAGAUGAAGCUGUUGCAUAUGGUGCUGCUGUACAAGCAGGUGUCCUGUCAGGUGAACAGGAUACUGACGCUAUUGUUUUACUAGAUGUUAAUCCAUUAACAAUGGGUAUUGAAACUGUUGGCGGAGUUAUGACAAAAUUAAUUCAACGUAAUACUGUAAUUCCUACCAAGAAAUCUCAAAUUUUUUCGACCGCUUCUGAUAAUCAACAUACAGUCACUAUUCAAGUAUAUGAAGGUGAACGACCAAUGACAAAAGAUAAUCAUUUGUUAGGUAAAUUUGAUUUAACUGGAAUUCCACCAGCUCCACGCGGUAUUCCACAAAUUGAAGUAUCCUUUGAAAUUGAUGCUAACGGCAUUUUGCAAGUAAGUGCUGAAGAUAAAGGAACUGGCAAUAAAGAAAAAAUUGUCAUAACAAAUGAUCAAAAUCGUUUGACACCUGAGGAUAUUGAUCGCAUGAUUCGCGACGCUGAAAAGUUUGCCGACGAAGACAAAAAAUUAAAAGAGAAAGUCGAUUCGCGUACUGAGUUAGAAUCGUAUGCAUAUAGUUUAAAGAACCAAAUAAGCGAUAAAGAAAAAUUAGGUGCCAAAUUGAACGAUGACGAGAAAACAAAAAUUGAAUCUGCCAUUGAUGAGACCAUUAAAUGGAUGGAACAAAACGUGGAUGUAGAUGCAGAAGAAAACAAAAAGCAGAAAAAAGACUUAGAAGGCAUUGUUCAACCAAUUAUUGCUAAAUUGUACCAAGGCGCUGGUGGUGUUCCACCCUCUGAAGAUAGUGAUAAUUUGAAAGAUGAACUGUAAAGUGUAGUUAUACCAUUUAGUUUUAAUGGAACUUUGAAAUCAACUUAGACUGAUUCGCACUUAAUUAACUGUUUAAUUUGUUUGAUAACUUUGCAACAUUCAUUUGUAAUAAGCUACCAUAAACUCUUCGAUUUUUACGAAGCGUUUUAUAAUUUAUUUCGAUUAAAAAUAAUAUAAACAUA